UUUGUAUUUUCAUGGGCAGCCUAUGGUCAUAUACGGGAUACAAGAUGCUGCCACUUCUGGCUCUCUUCCAACUUGGCUUCGCAUCGAAAGACACGGCAGAUGGCGCUAUUUCCUUCGUCGUGGGCGCGACAGACAGUACUUCAGUACCGUAGACCACAAGCAGUGCUCACGCAAAAGUAGACGACUGGUCGCGGAGAAGC